AUGAGUGAAGAUAUUGAUUCAACUAAUCCAGAACUCGAGGCAUUAUAUGAUUACUUUAACAAUCAUAAUAUUAAAGUUGGGGGGCCACAAAAUAUCAAAGAUUGGGCAGCAGCAGGAGAAAUAGGACAUUUAAAGAUUGAUAUUACUAAGACACAUUUUCAUGGUGUUAACUAUGAAUCCCCCGAACUUAUCAAGAUUAUUGAUUAUCUUGCUAAAGAGGAAUCUCAUUUUCCAUCAAAUUUCGUUGCAUUUAGAACAAAAGAAAAUAAAUUUAUAUAUUACGCAGAGUAUGAAGGCUCCACUGGUCCAGAUAUUGGAGGUGUGUUCAGAGAUUCUUACUUCCUUAUGGUUGAAGAGCUUAUGGAUAUCAAAAUCAAAUAUUUUGUCAAACCGCCAAGCACUCUUCACUGCGAAAGUGAUAGAUUAAUUCCUGCUCCAAACAUGCCUGCCAAAGUUGCAAGCACAAUUGGAUCACUUAUUGCUAGUGCUAUUGCAACACAAAAUCCUCACAAAGCUUGGAAUCUUCCUCGUUUCAUAUGGCAGAGUUUUGUUACAGAUGUCGACAUUUCUAAUCUUGUUCAUUGCGAUGAUCAAAACUACUUUAAUGAUCUCAAAACACUUGUUAAUUUAAUGAGAUCAGGCUUCUGGAAAGUCAUUCCUCUUAUCAAAGUCCAUAACUUCUCAGGAGAAUUUAUUGAAGGAUUAGCACGUGGCCAAGGGAAGGAUCUUGAUAUUGAUUCAUUCUUGUCCUACUUCACUCCAAAGUCAAAGAAUACCAAAGUUUGGCCUGUUUUCGUUCAAGCAGUUGCUCCAUUCACCUCCCAAGAGCUUUCUAAAUUAAUGAGAUUUAUAACAGGCAAUGAAACACCAAAGAUUACAAAAGGCUUUCAUUUGGAGUUAACUGUUAAAGAAACAGAUCAUCAAGAUGAAAAUAAUUUCUGGCUUCCAGUUACUCACACGUGUUUCAAUUCAAUUGAAAUAAUGCCAUAUAAAACGGCCAAGCUACUUAGCGACAAACUGAAAUUUUGCAUUUCAGUUGAAGAUGAAUUAUUUUGA